CGGAUGCUGGGGGUACUUCCUGUGUCGGCCCCCGCUGCCCCCACCCCGGCCGGGCCGCUGCCCGCACGGACGCAGGCCAGCUGGACACACACUCGGGCGGGCGGGCGCGUGAACAGGGACCCCCGCGCGGCCGCGCCGCCCGCCCCCCCUCCCGAGGCUCCCGGGAUCCGGACACCUGUGGCCUCUGGCGGAGCCCGGCCGGGCCCGGACUGCCCUGGGCUGAGCCUCCUGAGCCGAGACGGGUGUCUCCUGGCCCCUGCCAACCUCAACCGGGGUCACACCACCUGGUCUGCUCUGGAGCCUGUGGCGCGCACCAUGGUCGCGGCCCACCAGCUCUGAGCCCAGCGCUGGAUGGGGCUCUCUCACCACCCCAGGGAGCCGACACCAACUUCUGCUCUGGAACUCAGCUGUGUUCCUUCUUUUGGCCCAGGGCGACCUCGACAGCCCUGACAGCUGCCCGACCCUCUGGAGUGCCCAGAAAGGUGCCCAGCGCCUCCCCAGCUCUUUCUGGAUGGAGGUGCCACAGGAAGGAGCUGGCUAAGGGCUCUGGCCUUCACCUUCCAGACCCUGCUGCCCUCACCUCCCCUAGUGCGGAGGCUGUCGGUGAGAAGCAGGAAAUGCUGUACCAGCACAGCCGGCUCCCUGGAAUCUUGGUUUGACCGCCAGGAUGGAGCUGGGGCCGGCGACUAAGACCUUUGUGCUGGAGCUGCGGUGUGUUGAAGAUGGGGGCCCAGGGCCUAACACCCUCUCAGGUGGCAGCGGUGGCAGUGAGAGUCGGGAGGAAGAAGAGGUUCGAGAGAGGAGCAGCAGCGCCAUGCGGCCAGCAGUCUCUGCCCAGAAGGGGGCCGGUGAGGUUGCUGAGGAGGCCCAGCCAGGACAGCCGGAGGUGCGGCCGAAACAACAGCCACGGCAAGCACAGUUGCAACAGCAGCAGCCACAAAGCCAGCCAUCGGGCUAUCGGUCAGAACCGCAGCAGCAACAAGACGGACAAGAACAGCUGCCACAGCAACAGCAGAGACUACGGGAAAAACACCGACGCCGGAGACAUCGGCAACCGAAGCGGCAACUUCCACGAACGCAACAAGUGCGAGAGCAGCGAGUGCAAGAGCAACAGCUAUUGCAGCAACAGCAGGAACAGCCCCAGCAGCAGCCGGAUGGGCAACAGCCGCUGCCUCAGCGACAGCAGGAACUACAGGAAGAACCCCGAUCAGUGCCACAUGAGCCACUGAAGCUGAUGCAACGGCAGGGAGAGUUACAAGCACAGCAAGUACAAGAGCAACAGCAGGAACUGUUAGAACAGCAGGCACGGUUACAGCAGCAGCAGCAACAGGAGCAGCAGAAACAAGAACAGUCACAGCAGCAGCUGUUGCAGCAGCAACAGGAACAGUUACAGCAGCAGUUUUUACAGCAACAACAGUUACAGCAGCAGCAGCUGUUGCAGCAGCAGCAGCAACAGUUACAACAGCAGCUAUUGCAGCAGCAGCAGCAGCAACAGUUACAGCAGCAGCUGUUUCAGCAGCAUCAGCAGCAAGAACAGCUGCAACAGCAGCAGCUGCAGCCCCGUCCACUGGAGCCAGAGGAGGAGGAAGAAGUGGAGCUGGAGCUCAUGCCAGUGGACCUAGAGUCAGAGCAGGAGCUACAGCGACAGCAGGAGCUGGAGCGACAACAGGAACAACUGCAGCUGCAGCUCAAACUGCAGGAGCAGCUGCAGCAGCUGGAGAAGCAGCUGGAACAGCAGCAGCUGCAGCUGGAGCAGCUGGAGCAGCUGCAGCAGUUGCAGCAGCUUCAGCAACAGCAGCAGCAGCAGCAGCAGGUACGGCUGGAGCUAACCCCGGUGGAGCUAGGGGCCCAGCAGCAGGAGGUGCAGCUGGAGCUGUCACCCGUGCAACCAGAGCUGCAGCUGGAGUUCGUACCUGCCGCAGGGGCAGGUGGAGCUUCAGGGCCAGGAGCUCCAGCUGCUGUCAUGGUGGCCCCCCCAGGCUACGUGGUGCUGCAGGAGCUCAUGGUGCUGCCGGCUGUACCCCCGCCUGCAGUGGUACCCAUCUCGGGCCCUGCGGGCAGCGCGGCCCUGGCUCCAGCCAGGCAGCGAAGACGGCGGCGCGCCCGGGACCGGCCAACCAUCUGCGGCGAGUGUGGCAAGGGCUUCAGCCGCAGCACUGACCUGAUACGGCACCAGUCCACGCACACCGGGGAGCGGCCUCACCGCUGCAGUGAUUGCGGCAAGGGCUUCUCGCAGCACUCGAACCUGGUGACGCACCAGCGCAUCCACACCGGCGAGAAGCCCUAUGCCUGCUCCUAUUGCUCUAAGCGCUUCAGCGAGAGCUCCGCGCUCGUGCAGCACCAGCGUACGCACACCGGAGAGCGGCCCUACGCAUGCGGGGACUGCGGCAAGCGCUUCAGCGUCUCGUCCAACCUGCUGCGCCAUAGGCGCACGCACUCGGGCGAGCGGCCUUACGUCUGUGAAGACUGCGGCGAGCGCUUCCGCCACAAGGUCCAGAUCCGCCGCCACGAGCGCCAGCUGCACGGAGCCGGCCGCUCCCGGGGCCUGGGUCUGCUUCGCAGCACGCGCUCGGCCACCAGUGGGCCUCCGCGCCCUGAGCAGGCCACAGGGGACAAGGCUCCGUGACCAGGAGGGGGCCGGCUCCGCUGAUUUGAGAGGCACUGCGCCUUGCCUGUUGUACCAUCUUGACCCUACUCUGAUCAUUCCGUACAUCCCAGAAUCUCGCUGGGAAAAGUUUCCGUCUGUCCUCGGGAUCAUCUGCAGAGUGGGACAAAUCGCUCUCAGGAACACUUGCGAGAGGAAAGCGGGUGUGGCUGAGCCCGAACGGAUGUUGCACAUUAGCACAAACAGCACAUGCUACACUUUCGUGAUCGGGCACCGAUUGGUGAGGAGACCGCCAAACAGCGCCUCCCCUGGGAAGCCUGGGCUUAACCAGAAAUGAGAGCCACCAGGCAAAACUUCCUAUGACAGAUGGGACAGUUGGUGACAUUGGACCCGAUCGAACGCUCUCCAGGGAAUCAAAUAUACCUGGUAAAACGCACACAAAAAGGAUUCGAUCCUGGUGAAACUUAUUUCAAGGAAAUACAGGGCGGGGGGAAGCAACUCGUCUGCACUAUGUGGAGAACCGACCAAGGCGUCCAAUCGCCCUCCAUUGCAAUUGCUCUGAAAGUACAUUCUGGAAUAGAAAUUCAUCGGGAUGGAUAUAAUCCUGAUUUGAAUGUUGUGUUCCUAAACACAGGGUCAGAGUGUCCGCUGGGACAAUGUGCAAUUGCCAGGAUGUCCUGCUCUGGGCAGGAGGUAAAACCUUCCCCCCAGGGCCACAGGAGUCCUGAUAAGUGUGGGAAGCAGGCUGUCGGCCUCCGCGCCUGUUCCCAUGUCCAAAGUGGCCCCCUGGUGUCCUCUGGAAUAGAAGCCUGUGGCUGAAGCAGAGGGCAUUCUGGGAGUGCUGUCCAAGGUCCAAAGGAAUGAUUCCCCACCUCUCCCCCGGCCCCACCACCUGAAAGAGCCCUGGGGUACCCCCCUUUCCCUGCAACCCACCACCCACCAGCUCCAGGCUGGGUUCUGGCCUUGAGACCCAGGGCAAGGUCCUCCUGGGCCUGGCCACGCAGGGGGCUGGCCUGAGCAGACUCUGCCGCAUCACCCGGGUCAGAGGGAGGACAUUAGGGACAAGGAUCGGAGACAUCAGGGAUGCUCUUUACAUUCACAAAGUCAUCUGGGGGCCGCUGAUGCCUGCGGGAAGGCAGGCCAGUGAAGGAGGCUCCCCACCACCCACCUCCGCCCCCCACACACUGAGGGCCCCUGAUCUCCCAGGUGUGGCUGCUGAGGUCCCGCCCCCUCUCUCUUCCCUGCUUCUCCUUUACUAGCACAGCCUGCUACACUUUACAGAUGUGUUGGUAAGUGAGAAACACAAGAAUAAAAAA